AUGAAUGUUUGUCUUUGUGAAUUAGGGUUUAGCUGCAGCAGCAGCAGCAGCAGAAGCAGCUGCAGCAACAACAGCUGCAGCAGCAGCAGCAGCGUGCAUCGCAGGAGCUUGAAACAGCAGCACCAGGAGCAGCAGCAACAGCAAGAAAAAGAGCAGCAGCAGCAACAGCAGCAGCAGCAGGAGCAGGAGCAGCAGCAGCAGCAGCAGGAGCAGCAGCAGCAGCAGCAGCAGCAGGAGCAGCAGCAACAGCAGCAGCAGCAGCAGCAAGAAGUUUACCUCUUGUUCUAUUUGUCUGAGUAG